AUGUUGCUGUUAUAUAAUGGCGUCCUCGGCUCCCCUUUCUGUCAUCCCAAGAGUCUUGCCAACUUCCACCCCUUCGAAUCUUUCGAUGUAGCACCUCAGCCAAGUUUCGGAUCACACAUUUUCGCUCCCCGCCGUUCAUCUGCCAUCUUGGCUCUGCCGCCCACCAUGGCGAACCCUCAGCAGCAAAUCGAGGGGCAUGUCUCGGGCCAAGCCAAUGAGCCCCUUUCUCUCCCUGCCCACUGCCUUUCUGCCUCCCAGGUUGCUCAGGAACUCCAGACAGACACGAUAACGGGUUUGACCUCCCAGAAAGCAACUGAGCGCCUGGCCAGAUAUGGCGCCAACGACCUCGGCAAGGAAAAGGGUGUUAAGCCCCUCGAGAUUCUCUUUGCCCAGGUCUUCAACGCCAUGACCUUGAUCCUCCUGUUAGCCCUUGCUGCCAGUUUUGGUAUCCAGGCCUGGAUCGAAGGGGGUGUGUUGGCUGGUCUGAUCGCCAUCAACGUUGUUAUUGGCUUCUUCCAAGAUCUUCAAGCUGCCAGAACCAUUGCUUCUCUCAAGUCUCUCAACUCUGCCACCGCCCGCGUGGUCAGAGAUGGCGCCACAACCACCAUUGAAGCCAGCAAGCUGGUUCCUGGCGAUAUCAUCGAGCUCAAGGUUGGCGACAGUGUCCCCGCCGAUGCCCGCAUCAUCGAAGCCGUCAACCUUGAGGCAGAUGAGGCGCUCCUCACUGGCGAAAGUGUCCCUGCCCGAAAGUACCCCGACGAAGUCUACCAAGAUGCCGAUACCGGUCCUGGAGACCGUCUCAACAUCGUUUUCUCGUCCAGCGUCUUGACCAAGGGUCGCGGAAAGGCCAUUGUUUUCGCAACUGGCAUGUUCACAGAGAUCGGAGCCAUCGCCGCCGCGCUCGAUGAUGAUGGAACCAAGAAGCGGAAGCUGGAACGGGACGAAAACGGCAAGGCCUCGAUCGGUGCCUACUUCUCUUUCGCUCUGGGAAAGACAUGGGACUGGAUCGGCGCAUUCCUUGGAGUCACAGUCGGUACCCCGCUCCAGCGGAAACUGUCGCAGCUGUUUCACUACAUCUUCAUGUUUGCCAUCGUGUGCGCCAUCAUCAUUCUCGCGGCCAACAAGUUCAAGGCAAGAAACGAUGUCAUCAUCUAUGCCGUGGCCACAGCCAUCGGUACCCUUCCGGUGACCCUGAUUCUUGUGCUCACGAUCACCAUGGCCGCUGGAACCAAGGUUAUGGUGCAGCGCAACGUGGUUGUCCGCAACAUGCGCUCUCUCGAAGCUCUCGGCGGCGUUACCAACAUUUGCUCCGACAAGACUGGUACCCUCACCCAGGGCAAGAUGGUAACCCGUAUGGCCUGGAUUCCCGGUUUCGGCACCUAUUCGAUUGACACCAACGACGCCUACAACCCUGAGGCUGGAGCCAUCACCUUCACCGACGCGGAGCCCCGGAACAUGAGACGCUCUGCCGACAAUGGAAGAGCCGUCAGCCCCAAGGACGAGUCUCACCCUUCUCUCGCUCACUACCUCGACAUUGCCUCCCUUGCCAACCUGGCCAAGGUCAUCAGAUCAGACAACGAAGAUGGUUCCAACCGGUGGAAGGCCAAUGGGGACCCAACCGAGAUCGCCAUGCAGGUCUUUGCGACUCGCUUUGGCCGCUCCGGCUUGGGCAUCGAGGCCGGUUCGGGCUGGAAGCAGCUGGCUGAGUUCCCCUUUGACUCAUCUAUCAAGAAGAUGUCUAUCCUAGCCGAGAGUGAGUCCACUGGCUUGGUGCACAUCUUCACCAAAGGUGCCGUCGAGCGCGUUUUGUCUAGCUGUGUCUCCGUGUCUGUUGGCAACGAUGACAGUACUGUUGCUCCCAUGACCGAGGAGUUCAAGACCACUACCCUGGCCAACAUGGAAGCUCUUGCCCGUAGAGGUCUUCGCGUUCUCGCCCUUGCCAACAAGGGCGGUGUCAGACCUGUUUCGGAGGAGGAGUCCCGCCGUGGCCUGCUCAAGCGCGAGGAGUUUGAGCAUGACUUGGUUUUCAGAGGCUUGGUUGGCAUCUACGACCCGCCGAGACCAGAGUCACGGCCCAGUGUGUUCAAGUGCCACGAGGCUGGCAUCGGAGUUCACAUGUUGACGGGUGAUCACCCCGAGACCGCACGGGCUAUUGCGAUUGAGGUUGGCAUCUUGCCUGCUAGGAUGGAGCUCGUCAGAGCUGAUAUCGCCCAGGGACUGGUUAUGGCCGCGCAUGAUUUUGACAAGCUAUCGGAUGACGAGCUGGACAAGCUGCCAGAGCUGCCUCUCGUGGUGGCCAGAUGUGCACCCUCUACCAAGGUCAGGAUGAUCGACGCUCUUCACAGGCGUGGCAAGUUCGUUGCCAUGACUGGCGAUGGUGUUAACGACAGCCCCAGUUUGAAGAGAGCCGACGUUGGCAUUGCUAUGGGAUUGGGUGGCAGUGAUGUUGCCAAGUCGGCUUCUGACAUUGUGCUGAGCGAUGACAAUUUCGCCAGUAUUCUCAACGCUGUGGAGGAGGGCCGCCGUAUCUUUGACAACGUCCAGAAGUUCAUGCUUCACGUCUUGUCGGCCAACGUAGCUUUCGUCACCACAUUAAUGGUCGGUUUAGCUUACAAGGAUUCCGCCGGCAUCUCCAUCUUCCAGAUCACCCCAGUGGAGAUCUUGUUCAUGUUGCUGGUGGCUGGAGCCUUCACAGAGACUGGCCUCGGCUUCGAGUCUGCCUCCAAGCACAUUCUCAAGAGACCCCCCCAGAGUCUCAAAUACGGUGUCUUUACCCCCGAGUUCAUCUCUGACUUGUUUGCCUACGGCCUCAUCAUGGCCAUUUGCCUGCUCACUGCCUUCAUCGCUGUCAUUUUUGGCAUGUACGACGGCAACUUUGGUCACGACUGCAACCUGCGCUACUCGGAGUCUUGCGAAGGUGUCUUCCGCGCUCGCUCGACUUGCUACACGGCCAUGAUGUGGAUUUUCGUCUUCUUCGCCUGGGAGCUCGUUGACAGCCGUCUUUCUUUCUUCCACGGCGCCUUCAACAACACAAAGAAGUGGGCCGACAAGUUGUGGAGAAACCCGUUCCUGUUUUGGUCAGUGAUGGCUGGCUUCUUUUGCACGUUCCCGACGCUGUACAUCCCCGUGCUCAACGACCGCGUGUUCUUGCACAAGGGCAUCGACAAGGAGUGGGGUGUUGUCUUUGGCGUGACCAUCUUCUUCUUCUUGGCGGCCGAAACGUACAAGUGGGGCAAGAGAAGGUACCUGAGAAAGAAGGGUGAGAUGGUGAAGAAGGGCGAGGGGAGUUCGGAGGAAGACCUGGAGAAGAAGACGUUUGAGAGAUUUUACUCGUCGGAUAGCGAUUAUGCCAGCGCCGGGACAGAGAAGGCGUAA